GACAUUUCUCUCACUAGAGUUCUUUCGAUCGCGUAACUUCUUUUCAUUAUUGCGCAUUCCCAUCUCUUUUCGUUUCUUCACGCGACAGCACAUAAUGUCGACACACAAGAAAAAGACCAGGAAGCUUCGAGGACAUGUCAGUCAUGGACAUGGUCGUAUUGGAAAGCACAGGAAGCAUCCUGGUGGUCGCGGUAAUGCCGGAGGUAUGCACCACCACAGAAUUAAUUUCGAUAAAUACCAUCCUGGAUAUUUUGGAAAGCUUGGUAUGAGGAAUUACCAUUUGCGAAGAAAUUCCAAAUGGUGUCCAGCUAUGAAUUUGGAUAAGCUAUGGACCCUUGUUUCUGAACAAACCAGGCUUAAAUAUAAAGACAAUAAAGAUGGAAAAGCUCCCGUAAUUGAUCUCGUCAAAGCGGGAUACUACAAACUCUUGGGUAAAGGUAGAUUACCCAAACAACCUGUUAUCGUUAAGGCUAAAUUCUUCAGUAAAUCAGCGGAAGACAAGAUCAGAGCUGUCGGUGGUGCCUGUGUUCUUUGUGCUUGAGGAAUCAGAAAACUUUUUCUACUUUAACACGAAAGAAAAUUGGAUCACUUUGGUGUUUCAAGAUGUACGCUUUUCAUCUGUGUACUAAGUUUAAUAAAAGAAAAGGAAGAAAAUCUAA